AAUAGACUGGACGGAGUGCGGUGUGGUGAACAUUAAAUGAACGCUGAUACCUCGAAAUAUUGCCAUUGAACAUAGCUGCAUUACAUUCGCUAAACUAUGACAGAGCCCCAGUCAGCGCUGUUACUCAGGAGACAGCUUGCAGAGCUAAACAAAAACCCAGUGGAGGGAUUCUCAGCAGGCCUCAUCGAGGACAGUGAUCUCUAUAGAUGGGAAGUUCUUAUCAUUGGGCCUCCAGACACACUGUAUGAAGGCGGUGUGUUUAAAGCUCAUCUGACAUUUCCCAAAGAUUACCCUCUCAGGCCACCUAAAAUGAAAUUCAUCACAGACAUUUGGCACCCUAAUGUUGACAAAAAUGGAGAUGUAUGUAUUUCUAUUUUGCACGAACCUGGGGAAGACAAGUAUGGCUACGAGAAACCAGAGGAGCGCUGGCUGCCCAUUCACACAGUGGAAACCAUAAUGAUUAGUGUUAUCUCUAUGCUGGCAGACCCGAAUGGUGACUCACCAGCCAAUGUUGAUGCUGCAAAAGAGUGGAGGGAGGACAGACAUGGAGCAUUUAAAAGGAAAGUGGCCCGCUGUGUACGAAAAAGCCAAGAGACUGCAUUUGAGUGAUACUGAGCCAAUAUCUAGCCUCAUAUUUUCAGGUUCUCCAAUUGAAAAUCAACAUGGCACUGUUUCCUGCACUCUUCCACUCUGUCGCCAGGCUUGUCCGCCUUAAUUUUGGCUGGAACAGAUUGGCUACUGUAGGCUGCAAUAGAUCACAACAGAGACUACCAAGGCUGAGAGAAAACCGCCAAGCAAGUGCCAACUCAAAACAACAAGAAACAAAACAAAACUGGGAAGAUAAUAAAAACAUUUUUCACGUCGAUGAACUGCUUCAACAUUCAGGAAGAUAUUGUAAAGACAUGUAUAUAGCACAGACUAAACCGGAUAAUAUAUAAAUUCCCUAUCCACCCAUCAAGACGCAUAGACCAAACAAAUAGUGCUGGUUCUGUAGGUUUCCUUUGCUCCAUGUUUCUCUCCUUCUCCAACUCCAGCAUGUAUCACUUCUCUUUAGAUUGUUUUAUCAGGAGGUCUUAAACAGGGACAGCUGUUGGAAAAAGAUGUAAAACUGUCACCUGUGAAAAGCUUGAUUGAUCCAAGUGAGACAUGAUGUGUCUUUUGUGGAGUAGCGUCAUAUUGCGCACGUCACACAGCUGUUGUUGUGGGUUUUUGAAGCUCCGAACUCAACGUAGUACCCAAACACUUUUUGUUUUUAUCAGUUCCAAGUCUUAACCGUCUCAAAUGACCUGACAGACAACUUGAUCUUUGUGCAUGCUAAGUUUCCUUUUACCUUUUUUCAAAAGUGCCUCCUAAUAAAAUGCUUGGCCAUUUCACCCUGCAAGUGUUGAAGACGGUGACAGAAGAUGCAGAAAUCAUGUACCACCUGUGUAACAAUUUAUUUAAUAGGAAUAAACCAGGAGUUUGUGUAAUUAGGUAACAAUUUGGUGUAGCAAUAACUUCCCCAGUAUAAAAUGUACAUGUCAAUUUUUGAUAUCCUGAUACAGUUUGUCCUUUUCCCUUAUUUUCUUUUUUUUUCUCUUGUCUGUGUUGCUCGGUAGGAAUUGUUAUGCAUGCUUUAUUUUAUUUUGGUUUGGUUUUGCUGACGGUUUUCCUUGCAAAUGUUUGAAUGUCUGUUUUUACAGUUUGUGUGUCCAUUCGGGUUCUUCACGCUCAACGCUGGUCCACGUCCUCACCGUUACCCUGCUCACUGAAUUAUUGCUGUUUUGCCUAAUGUACAAAGACAAAAUACUGAUGUAUAUUUUUCAUGUUAUGAUCCCGGUCACCUGUAGUAGAUUCUUCUACAAAUAUGACUUUUUUUUCAGUAUCUACUUGAGUAUUUAAUUCAGCUGUGUUUUGGUUUCAUAUUGCUCAUGGCAAAGGCAACAUGUCUUAUGCACACACAGUGUUUUUAUUACACAAACCUCAAUGUUUUUUUACUUCGGGUUUAUUUUUUCAGACAAAUGUUCUAAAGAUAAUGGAAAUAUUUAGAUGAUUAAGAAGACUCAUAAUUUAUUCCUUUGAAAAGUGGACUAGUUUUACGGCGUUGUGCCACAAGCAUUUUUGGUUUCUCUUGUUUCCCUCUUGAUCCCAAUAAUUGUUUUCAUUAAAUUUAUAGAUUUUA